AUGAGUUACGGUACCAUUCCGACUUCACCUGAUGAAAGCUCGACUAACUCGAGCAUUACGAUAACCCUUCAACCAAAUGACAAGGAGAAAACUGAUAAAUCAAAAUUACGAGAAACUCUUGCAGAAUUCCUAGAAUCAAGAAAAGCCCACUGGCUCAUCCUUCUUUUGGUUGCAGCAGAUUUUCUCACCGUAAUGACCGUAAUUAUUAUCUCACUCUACGAUCCGAAGAAAGAAGAUUCACCACUUGUUGAACAAUUAUUAGACCUCGCGUUCGUAAUCAAUUCGAUAUUUGUGAUUGAAGUGAUUUUGAAGUUGAUCGUGUUUGGAUUCUCGUAUUUCUGCAAAGGAGAAUUUGGAUUGUUACAUGGAUUUGACGCGUUUAUCGUGGUUGCCACUUUUGUGCUUGAAGUGUUUCUUAAAGGAAAAGAAGCAGAACUUGUGGAGUUGUUGUUGUUGUUUAGAUUAUGGAGAGUAAUUAAAGUGGUGGGUGCUGUGGCAAUUGGAGUAGCGGAGUAUGAUGAAGCACAUGAUUCCAUUAGGGAGGAUAAAAUGAAAAAAUUGAGAGCGACGUUGCGUAACGUUUUGGGUGAAGUUAAUACCAUUGCCGUCGAGGAUCAAUGGACUAAAGAAAAGAAAGCAAGAGUAUUCGAUUUGGUUGAUGACACUUUAUUCGAGGACUAA